AUGUUCUCCUCUUCGUCCAGGAACUCUCUGUUCUCGCCCUGGUCGUCCAUGGAGCAGUCGGACUCUGAAGCGCUGGACUUCAGCACCAAGGUGCAGCUGCACGGCGUGCUGUGGAAGAGGCCCUUCGGACGGCCGUCGGCCAAGUGGUCCCGCAGAUUCUUCAUCAUCAAAGACAGCUUCUUGCUCUACUAUGCAGAGAGCGAGAAGAGAAACUUUGAGACCAACAGGUACUUCAACAUCCACCCAAAGGGAGUCAUUCCUCUGGGAGGAUGUGUGGUGUCUGCUAAUGAAAACAUGGCCAUGCCCUUUGCCAUCGUGGUCAACCUGGAAGAUUUCACUGGCGCCAUAGUGCUGGCUGCUGAGUCCGAGGAGGAGCAGGUCCAGUGGCUGGAGAUGCUCCAGGAGUCAGGGAAAGUCACGUGGAAGAACGCCCAGCUGGGCGAGGCCAUGAUCGAGAGUCUGGAGGCUCAGGGGCUGCAGCUGGCCAAGGAGAAGCAGGAGUAUCUGGAUAAACUGAUGGAGGAGACGGAGGAGCUUAGUCAUCAAAGAGCACAGAGAGAGGAGCUGGAGCGUCUGAACCAGGUCCUGGAGGAGGAGAAAAUGAAGUUUGAGGAGGUGGUGCUGGAGCUGAAGGCGGAGCAGGAGCAUAUCAAACUAGACCUGGACGGCACAGCUCAGUCCCUGAAAGGUGUUGAGAGUGAAAAAGAAGAGCUGAGCAGUUUAACCAUCAUGCUGCAGAAAUCCAUCGAGGAGCUCUCUCAGGAGAAACAGCGAACCCUGGAGCUGCUGGGGGUGAAGGAGGGACAGCAGGAGGAGGAGGCGUCUGAGGACGGCGAGGAUCCCGGAGACGUGGACCUGCUGCAGGACCUGCGACACAUCGAGGAGCAAAUGAAGGUCCUGCUGGAGGAGAAGGAGCAGGCUGACGACAAGCUCAGGGAGAACGAGCAGCGGGCUACAGUCCUGCAGCAGGAGAGGGAGUACUACUCGUGUCAGGCUCGGACGCUGCAGCAGUCGCUCUCUCAGCUCACGACGGACAAGCAGCAGACCGAGGCCGAGCUCAAGGCGGAGAUAGAGUCUCGGAUGGAGCUGGAGAAGAGACUGAAGCAGGCCGAGGAGGCUCUGCAGGACCUGGAGAAAGGCCUGAACUCGCUGGAACGGACCAAAGAGAGCGACGAGAAGAUGAGGGGGGAUGUGACUCAUCUGAGGAAGUUCUUCGAGGAGUGUAUCUGUGCAGCGGAGAUCGAGGCGAAGCUUCCAGCGAUAAUGAAGAACGCCGUGUAUCUGCACAAAGCUGCUGCACGCAGAAUCAAGAGCUGCCGAAUCCAGAGGAGAGCCUCCAGACGCCACUGGUCUGAUUUGAAACACUCAAAGUCUUUUGCUGUAACCAACACUGACGACAGCAGCAUGGAGGAGCUGCGGGAGGCGGCCCGACGACUGACCUCUGACAGCAGCUUCAGACAGAGCGUGUACAAGAUCAUCACCCGCAAAGACGCCACAAAUGCAACUGAGGACUGAGAGGGGGCGAGGGACCUUAGCUUUACCUCAGUCCACACAGUGAGUGACGUAGAGAUCCUGAUCCCAAACCCACCAUUAAAACACUGUAGAUGAUUGUACGCAGAAAUCUGUUUGAUGGCAUCUCUGCAACCUUGAGAGCGAUCAAAACGAAGUUUGACAGACGAAAACCCAUUCUAAACCUAUUCAGUGUAACAGCACUGGUUCUCAGCCCCUCACGGACUUGCUUGUAGCCCCUUUAGAGCAAACAGAUCCAGGAACUACAAGAACUGAACUCAGGAACUGAAAGUCCCUUUUGAGCUUUCCUGUUUGUGUUUCCAUCACGUCUGAAGAAAGAGAAGAGCGUAAUUUUCACGCUUUGUGACUCCAGCAAAUCAGAUUUUAGUUUUCUCGUUAACUCAACCGUUUUUCACCCGGUUUUCAAAAAUCUAAAGAAACUUACACCUCUUGUGUUAAUACUGAUGUUAGAAUCCAGGAUUUCCAUAUUUUGUGAAAGAAGUUGAGCACAGUCAGAAAGUGCUGUCAUCAUGAGCCACGUUCCCACCAAACACUGUCCGUAUAGCAUCCUUGAAACCUGAUACCAACAUGCACUUCCUCGACCUGUUUGUUUCCACCGCAGACUGCACUCUUAAAUGUCGGCAGGGUUGUUACCGGGCUUCAGGGCUGACACCCUUCACUUUUCCAGCAACAACAGACGAGAUUUGUCUUGGUCUUGAGAAGCUGCAGCAUUUCUUUAACAUUUACUGUCAGACAGACAACUUCCUGCCAACCUUUUCCUGCGCUGCGCUCACAUUCGACGACACUUUCUGCUGCUCGCCGUGUCUCACUCGCUCGGCCACAAACACAUUAAGCACAAGACAAAAGAGUGCUGGAGAGUCGGGAAAAUCCUACAACAGAGCUCAGACGAUGAGACCAAUCAGCAGUGUUUCUAGCUCCACCUUUAAGUACCGGCUCAGCGUGCAUGGUGCCUCAGCAGAGGAGUAAUGCAAAACAGGAUGGGCUGGAGUACUUCUAUUAGUACCGUUCACAACUUUUUAGAAACGCGAAAAUAACCGUUCCAAUGUUUAACAUGGACUGGACUGCUUGGUGGAAAUGUGGCCUAUAGAGGAACUACAUUUAGUUAGUGUAGGUGAGGUUUCUGAUUUCCCGCAGUGGAAAAUGCCCUCUUAGUUCCUGGAACUGUUCGGCCGAACCAAAUCUGGACAUUUCCUCUUACACGGUUAUACCAAUGAGUGAUUAUGAUGUACACUGAUCAUGAGUUUCCACCUGAUAAGAUGCUGUAAUGUUACUUGACAUUAACACACACUCAACAUGUCACAGAUCAUGUUUGAUCAUCAGUCAGUCGGCAGUGUGUGACUGUAGCCUUGUACCUAUAGAGUUUUCACCAUUCUCUAAAAACAUACCACCAUGAUAGAUUUACAGAACACAGAAAAUAUGUAGCCGAUAGCACAGACAAUGCAAAUCCGUCUUGUAAAAUGUUUGUUUUUAUUAUUCUGGUUUUGAUUGUAUGCACAGAUUGUGUCCUUCACGUUUAACAGAGGUUUUUAUGAAAACAAUGAACUCACGGACGUGUCUGAUAGCCACCAUUCAAUUAUUGCUACAUCUGAAAAUCUGUCCUCGACGAAGCAACUCAAUGUUAUUCACCCGCAAGCAUUUUAUGAUAAUGUACAAAUGAUAAGUUAACACCAGAAAUGAUACAGACAAGAAGCCCACAUGUCAGGGUAAGGUAAGAGGGAACACAUUAUGGACUGAACAACAUGCCUUGAUGCUAAUAAAGCUGUGUUUGAACCUU